AUGUCUCUGGCGCCUGCGCUUCUAACUUUUCGAGUUAGGCUUCUUGGUCCAGCUGCAGCCGUGCCCAGAUCAUCAGGGUAUUCAGAACAUCCAGCGUCCGACGAGGAGCGACGGACAUGCGGUUACUUCAAGGAUCAGGAAUUUCUGGCUGCAGAGGAGGCCUACCACGAGGCGGUUGAUCAUCUCCACGAGGCGUUUGGCAAGUUUAGUGGACCACAAGUAGAAUAUAAGAAUACGAGUACCGACUCGUCUUGUCGCGACGCGACCGCUGCGGCUCUCAUGCAGUUGCCACGCAUCAAUCUGCCAAAAUUUAACAGAAAGCUCACGGAAUGGGCGAAUUUCAAAGUGGAUGAAUACGACAACUCGUUCGCGAUAGUGACCGCGCACAUACGAGCGUUCGCGGACAUGCCUGCCAUGCGUUCCGAAAGCGCCGCCGAGCUGAAAAAUCUUCGCGACACCGCGUCUGCCUCGCUUGCUGCACUCGCGUGCAUGGGCCGUCCCGUCGACACGUGGGACGACCUGCUCGUUUAUAUAAUUUCCCGAAAAUUUAGCGAUAGCACGCGGCGUGAGUGGAACCUCCGGCGUGGAGAUUUCAAGGAUUGUCCGACUUAUCGCGAUCUUUCAGAUUUUAUGACGAAUCGAGUUCGCGGACUAACGGCACCGCCAAAAUAUACGGAAGGAUCGACUCCUUCCGCGCGAAAUGAAAGACUUCGUGGAUCGGUUCAUACAGUGAAUAGCGGUAAAUGCGCGAAGUGCGUCGGAACUCAUGCGUUGCACAAGUGCCCCUCGUUCCUAAGCCAACCGAUUGAUUCGCGAUGGCAAACCGUCAAAAGGCAUAAGUUAUGCUGCAAUUGUUUGCGAAACGGGCAUUUUUCGUCAAAGUGCCCCACGACGUCGCGUUGCUUCCGAUGUAAGCGCGCGCAUCACUCUACGCUGCAUCGCGACACGGCUCCGUCAAGCGAACCACACGGAACAACGUCCGCUUCCGACGUUGUUAAGCCCGCGAAUCAAGACGAUUCAAAGAACUCAGAGGCUGCGACAGUGCAGUCCGUCGCACCGGAACCGUCCGGUCCCGGUGCUGUUUUACUAGCGACCGCGUGGGUUAGCGUAAAGACCGCGGAAGGUCGCACCUUCCAAACACGCGCGCUACUCGACCAAGGGUCGACCUUCAGCUUCAUCUCGGAAGCUUUCUGUCAGUUAUUGCGAACCAGACGGUAUCAAGUAAAUUUGCCGAUUCGAUGUUUUGGGGAGAAAUACAGCGGCUCAGCGCGCUCGUGCGUUCAAUUGAAACUUUCAUCGCGCUUCGCGGAUAAGCCCGCUUUCUCUCUUCUCGCGUACUCAUACCAAAGAAUCACGGCGUACGCGGCUUCCCGCAUGCGACCGCUUCACGAGUGGUCGCAUUUGCGCGAUCUGCAGCUGGCAGAUCCGGAUCCGUCAUCCCGCCAUCCAAUACAUCUAUUGAUAGGCGCGGAUCUGUACGGAACAUUGCUUCGCAAUGAUUUGCGUCAAGGGCCUACAGGCUCUCCGACCGCUCAAGCCACCGCUCUCGGGUGGAUCAUCUCGGGGCCCACAGGACCGACCAGGUCUUCUGUCGCGGCCGCCGCAGUAAAUAAUGUUACUUCGGAUGCUCCUAUCGACGUUCUGCUUCAGAGAUUCUGGACGGACGAGGACAUCCCGUCGUCGUCCUCUCGGUUGACAGCCGACGAGGAGAAGUGCGAAAAUUUCUUUCUCGCGACUCACUCGCGAGACGAUUCCGGCCGUUACACGGUCCGGCUUCCCUUCAAAACGGACACGCCGCCUGAAAUCGGUGCGUCCCGCGCGAUCGCCGAGCGGAUGCUCGUCCGACUCCAGUCGCGAUUAAAGCGACAUCCCGAGAUUGCGACAGAGUACGCUCACUUCCUGACGGAGUACGAAAACCUCUCGCACUUGGAGAUGGUUCCGCUCAGCGAAGAUCCAACGCGUCUGCCGGUGUACAUUCCGCACCACCCCGUGUUGCGGGCAACAAACACGACUACCAAGUUACGGGUAGUCUUCAACGCUUCGUGUCGUACGUCGAACGGCACGUCCUUGAACGACCAUCUAUUGAUCGGUCAGAAACUUCAACAAGAUCUCGCUGCAAUCCUCUUGCGAUGGAGAAUGUUCAAGGUGGUUUGCUCUGCGGACAUCGAGAAGAUGUUCCGGCAAAUCCGCAUUCAUACGCUUGACGCUGAUUAUCAGCGUAUAUUGUGGCAGCCGCCGGGCGCAGAAUCACCACACAGUUACCGUCUUCUUACGGUUACCUACGGCACCGCGUCAGCGCCAUACUUGGCGAUGCGCGUACUACGUCAGCUAAUGGCUGACGAGGGAUCACGAUUUCCUAAGGCCGCCGCGGUGUUAGACAAAUACAUCUACGUAGAUGAUGUGCUCAUCGGAGCGGAUACCGUCGCGGAGCUCAUCGAGACACGCGAUCAGCUGAUUGCAAUGAUGAAUUGUGGCGGAUUUCCGUUACGUAAAUGGAGCGCGAACACACCGGACGCACUUCGGGAUCUACCCGCCGAAAUCAUUAACGCGAAACAGCUGUCCUUCGAGGAAACCGGAAUACAAAAGAUUCUCGGGUUGACAUGGCAGCCGCGCGACGAUUUCUUUCAAUUCACGGUCACUGACGAUCGGAAUGAGUCAACGACGAAACGAUCAGUACUAUCAUGUGUCGCCAAAUUAUACGACCCACUCGGAUGGGUCGCGCCGGUCGUAAUCACCGCGAAAGUUCUUAUGCAAGAACUGUGGUUAGCUCGGCUUGAAUGGGACGAUCCACUCCCGACGGACAUUCAGACCAGAUGGGUCGAUUAUCGCGAACAACUCACGCAAUUGUUCGAGAUCCGAAUCCCACGGUGGGUCGGGCGUCAUCACGAGAACUUAGGGGUAGAGAUUCACGGGUUUGCGGACGCUUCCACGCGCGCCUACGCGGCCGCCGUCUACCUUCGUGUCAUUCAUAGCUUCUCUGAAAUUCGCACGCACUUACUCGUCGCGAGGACGAAAGUCGCGCCGAUUAAAACAAUCAGCAUACCUCGAUUGGAGUUGAACGCGAUUGUGUUGCUGAGCCGACUAAUCACGUGGGUCUCAACGGCGCUCGAUUACGGAUACGUUCCCCGAUACGGAUGGACCGACUCCACCGUCGCCCUAGCGUGGGUGUCACAACAUCCUUCGCGUUGGAAAACAUACGUGGCGAAUCGCGUGUCAGAGAUUCAAUCGGUCAACCCGACGAUAAAAUGGAAUCACGUCCCGUCAGAGCAAAACCCAGCUGAUUGUGCGUCUCGAGGAAUUUCUACGAGCGAUCUCAAGACACACCCCCUGUGGUGGAAUGGCCCUCUGUGGCUUCGUCAACCCUCCCCCGCUUGGCCAGAUCAAACCAAGCGUGAAGGCGCUACCCGCACUAUUCUGACGGAAGCCGCUCGCGCCUCCGUUCAGCAUGUAAACGGGGAUCCAGAGUGGGAUCUUCCAGACACUUACUCGACAUGGACUUUACUCGUUCGCGCUACCGCGAACGCUAAAAAAUUCAUUGCCAAAUUAAGGGCGCGACAUACAGCGCACGGAAACUUUGAAUCAACUCUCACGUGCGAAGAACUGAAGAACGCGGAGCUCUUCUGGUUAACUACCGUGCAGACCUCACAAUUCGCUCUCGAAUUAGAGUCGCUGCAAAAAACUGGCUCGAUCCAUCGCUCCAGUCGUUUGAAGGCUCUUCAGCCUUUCAUUGGGGAGGAUAAACUGCUCCGUCUCGGCGGGCGAUUAGAACGCGCCUUUCUUAGUUACGCCGAAAGGCAUCCUAUUAUUUUAGCCGAUCAUAGGGUCGUACGCCUGCUCAUUAGUAAGGCUCAUAAAGUGACAUUGCACGGCGGGACGCAAUUAACACUCCGCGUUCUCCGCCAACAAUAUUGGAUCAUCUCCGCUCGUUCGCUAGUGAAACAGCACAUUCGGAACUGCGUUAUCUGCGUGCGUAACCGUGCGAAACCGUUAAAUCAGAAAAUGGCGGCCCUUCCGGCACGCCGCGUUAACCCGGCUCCACCGUUCUCCAGCGUCGGUCUUGAUUAUGCCGGUCCAUUUCUUGUAACCACGCAUGCAGCGCGCGGUCAGCGCACUUACAAGCACUUCGUAGCAGUAUUCGUCUGCUUCGUCACUAAGGCCGUUCACUUAGAAUGUGUGGAAGACUACUCCACCUCAGCGUUUUUAGCGGCCUUUUCUCGUUUCACUAGCCGACGUGGACUCCCGACUCAUGUCCAUAGCGACAACGGCACGAAUUUCCAAGGCGCUGACCGCGAACUGUAUCGAGCAUGGAAAUCGAUAAAUAACGACGAAGAGCUGCGAGCGUCUGUCGUUAAUGACAAAAUUUCUUGGCACUUUUCUCCUCCCGCCGCGCCGCAUUUCGGCGGCCUGUGGGAAGCGGCCGUGAAGGGCUUCAAACUCCACUUUUUAAACGUCAUCGCGGGCGCGCGCACGCUCUCGCGCGCGGAGUUCGUCACCUUGCUAUGCAAAAUAGAAGCGUGUUUGAACUCACGACCAUUGGCCGCUCAGUCUGACGAUCCAUCGGAUCUUGCCGCGAUAACGCCCGGUCAUUUUCUAAUAGGCUGA